UUCAGUCAACUUCAAAACAUGUUUCAAGAUCCCAUAUCAGCAACCACUGAUGGCUUCAUAAAAGGAAAUGAAAAACCAAAUCGUCGUAUAAUUGAAGAAUUGUGUCAACCUUUGCAGUUGGACAUUGAAACUCUUACGAAAGUCAAAGAACUCUUUUUAAAAGAUCUUAAAAUGGGUCUAGGGAAAAACACCAAUGCCCAAGCCGUAGUCAAAUGUUUUUUAACGUAUGUCCAGAAACUACCCACUGGUUGUGAAAAAGGUAGAUGUUUGGUUUUGGACUUGGGCGGCAGUAAUUUUCGUGUGGUUCUUAUGAACUUUGAUGGUCAAAUGAAAUAUAAAAUAACCGUAGAAAAAUUCAAUAUACCGGAUAAUCUUUUAGAAGGUUCCGGCCUCAAUCUCUUCAACUAUGUGGCCGAGUGUUUGAGUAAUUUUGUGAGAAACUUAAAUCUUCAUAUGGAAGAAAUGCCGCUGGCGUUUUCUUUCGCUUUUCCCAUUAAGCAGAAGGGUUUACAUGACGGUGAACUGGUGAGUUGGGGAAAGAAUUUCAAUUUGCCCGAUGUUAUAGGUCGCAAUGUGGUGGAGUUGUUGCAAGAGGCAGUUGAACGUAGAGGUCAAAUUAAGAUUAGUACUUAUGUGCUGAUGAAUGAUACCACAGCGGUUUUAAUGAGUUGUAUUUUUAAGAAUCAUUAUGGUAAAAUCGGUGUUAUAAUGGAUAAUGGCUGUAACGCCUGUUAUUUGGAGCAGGUGAAAUAUAUAACAACUUUUCAAGACAAGAACACUAUACCCACCAUACCCACUAUGGUCAUUAAUACAGAAUGGGGCUUUUUUGGUGAUAACGGUUCUUUGGAUUUUAUACGCACCAAUUGGGAUUUGAUAAUAGAUGAACAUUCUUCAACUAGAACUAAACGUACAUUCGAAAAAAUGGUGGCUGGUUUAUAUCUAGGAGCUCUAGUGCGUCUUAUAAUGUUGGAUUGUAUAAAAUCGGCCGUACUUCUGCAAGGCGAAUUGACAAGCGAACUAAAGAAAACCAAUAGUUUUCAGACGUCUUAUGUCUUUGAUAUUGAAUCUCAAAGUUCAGGUAGCCAUUAUAUUACCCGAGAAAUUUUACAUAUUCUGGGCUAUAGAAAACCCUCGAAUGCGGAUUGUGAAAAUGUGCGCUUUAUUUGUAAAGUUGUUUCUAAACGUUCGGCUGAUUUGGUAGCGGCCACAUUGGCCUGUCUUAUAGAUCGUAUAGGAGAUCCUUUUGUCACUAUUGGCAUUGAUGGAAAUAUUUUUCGUUGCCAUUCUCUUUAUGAGAAAUAUUUACGGGAGAAACUUCGGAAUCUGGUUAAACCAGAGCACAAGUUUGAUUUUAUUGUGUCGGAAGCAGGAACGGGCUGUGGUGCCGCCUUGGUGGCUAUAAGUGUAGCCAAAAAUAAGAAGAUAGUAGAAAAAAGAAAAUCUCAAGUUACCAACUGUGGUGUGAUAUUAAAUAAUGCCAAUGAGAAGUUACCUAAGCAAAAGAGCAAAGUUUAUAAGAAAUUUAAAACUAGAGUUAAAUCAACUAAAAAUUUUAAAUCACCCGAAUGA